AAAUGCGGAAAGACCUCGGUGCGGCUCUUAUUUCAAUCUGUCUCUGUUCGAGGAAAAUAAGGAAUGCAGCUUUUUUUAGACAAUACGGAGUAUCUCGAUGUUUAUUUUUAGACGUGCCGUAUUUAACGUUGGUGCUGUAUGACUGUCCGUUUAUCUCCCUAUGAAGCACCAUUUUUCUAGACUAGGAUUCUUACCCUCCAUCUUCCCUUAUCUCUGGUGAUUCAACGUGGUAUAAUGUGAUACAGGAACAUCAGUGGCGCCAGUGAGAUAAAGCAUGGGAUUGCCCCCCGGAGACAGGAACCACACUCCUAUUCCUGAGGUUGAGGUCCCUGGCCCCAGAGGGCCACAUGAUAGACAGCUGGAAGCGAGCUCUGAGGUAAAUUGUGGAGCGGGCCUGAAGGGCAUCAUAACUAAACUUGUCCUUUCUGCACAUUGUAGAUCCAGCCUGACAGGUAGUAAUGGAGUCUGAGGAGACAGAGCUGAGAGAUUGUGAUGAGGCCUUUGAGUCAGAAGAGGGCGAUGUGGAGCCAUACCUGGAGGAGCCGGCGAGCAGCAGGGAGCUCCUAGAGAGGCUCAGGGAGCUGGAGGGAAUUAUAUUGAUUGUGAUCAUCUUGUACUGCUCACUGAGGGAUCCACCAAGCCCUACUUUAAAGGCUGAUAAUUCAGUCCUGGCCCUUGCGAAUGAGAGCCAGAGAGAGGCGUAUGAAAGGUGUCUGGAUGAGGUUGCCAACCACGUGGUACAGGCCCUUCUGAGUCAAAAGGACCUGCGGGAGGAGUGUAUUAAGUUGAAGAUGCGUGUGUUUGAUCUGGAGAGACAGAACAGAACUCUGACUGAGCUCUUUGCCCAGAAACUACACCCCCAGGAUAGCUCUCUGCAACAGUUGCAGUUGGUGUCUGUCCCAGAGCACAGCACAGAGCCCCUGACCAUGGACAGUGACAAGCUGCUGGUGUCCCAGAGCCAAAGCGAACUCAAGAGCAAUGGGGACCACACACAGAACGGAACAGCCGGCUUGGCCCCGGCCCCUGCCACCUCCAUAGAGGCCCUGUCUCCGUUCUUCAAAAAGAAAGCACACAUCCUGGAAGUAUUGCGCAAGCUGGAGGAGUCGGACCCCCUCAAGUUCCACCCCUCCUCCUGCCUGUCCCCACACCACGACCUGGGUCAGGCGCUGGUUUCCAUGGAAAGAGACCAGAUGUCCCUGAUAUCCUCUGUGGGGUUACCCUCUUCUCAGCACCUGGUAGCACAUCCCUCGUCACACUGCCACUUCUCCAGCUCAGACUCGGACAACCAUGAUUAUACCAACAGAGAAGGGGCUCUCCAGGAGGACCAUGCCCUGCACAAACAGCACCAGCACAGGGACUGCCAGUCCUGCCAAAUGCUCUCCCAGAAGAGUAGCCUGGACAGCCUGCUGAAGUGUGCCCAGGUCCACGGCGCCGCACACCCGGGCAGAGUGGAGAGCCUCAACGGGCAGGCCUGGGCAGAGGACCAGGGGGCGUUGGCACAGAGCACAGGCCUUCCCCAGGCAGCAGCUCUCCCCCACCUCCUCUCUACUGGCAGCACAAGCCAGUGCUACAUGCACAAAACAGCAGUGAACUCUCUAGAGCAGCCUCCAGAACUUCUGGUUUCUUCUGAUCCAAUCUCCUCGCUAAUCCAAGCCAACCUCAACGGGAUGCUACGGAAGGAGACCAGGAACUUUCAAAGACACAAAGACAGGCAUCCGUUUGGCAAACCGCUGCCUCGGGCUGAAGUGCAACCCUCUCACAGUGAGGAUGUGAAGCACACGUCGCUGACCCAAAACAGGGACAGUCCGGAGGAGUGCUGCUACCUGGAAGAAGAGGCUGCAUCAGUGGCACACAAUGUGAACAACAGCCUGCACACCUCUACCUCACAUACAGACCCUGUUGCCACGGAGACGGACCCAGGGUAUCAAGAGGAGCAGGAAGUGAGCAAGCAGGUCUGCAACGGGCUCUACUUCUCCUCCAAUGAGACGUCUGUCUGCAAGAAGGUGGCGGUGGAGUUGUACUCUCCAGCCCCGGUUCCCGAGAGGACCAGCUCAGCUCAGGCCCUGCCUCCCUCUGGCAAGAGCAAGCUUGCACUCAGCCCCACCUUUUCCACAGGCCUAGGUGAAGUCAAGCCCUCCCCCAUUUCCUCCCCGUCCCGGCUGCUCAAGUUCCUGAAGAUCCCGACGGGGAUGAACCAGGCACAACCAGGCAACCCCCUCCGUUUAAGUCCCCAGCUCACCCGCAGCUCCAAGAUCCCCUGCAGGAACAACAACAACUAUGAGGUGUACCACUCACCUGUCCUGACCCGCAAAGCCACCACCACGGAGAGGGAGAAGCAGCUGUCCUCAUCCCCCUACUCUGCCCCCACCUCGCCACCCAAGCCAGAGGACAGUGCGGGCCCCCCUCCCACAGUCAAGGAGAUAGCUUUCAGCAGCCACUUUGCGCCCAAACCCAGCCACAGUACAAAGGCAGCCCCCUCCUCCUCUUCUCACACACAAAGGGGCUCUCAGAAGGUGGCUCACUACGAGAAAGUCUGCACGUCAGAUGGGACUCCCCAGUACCUCCCUUACACCCAACCUGAGGGGCUUGUAGACAAGCAGCAGCAGGAGGAGAACCUACUCAGCCACCCAUCUUCACAGCACCCUGACUCAUCCCCAGAACCAGAUGACCAGGACACUGACCACGACACUGACCAGGACACUGACCAGGGCACUGACCAGGGCACUGACUCAGAAAGCCCUGUCUGGCACAAACCCCACCAACACUUCAGCCUACCCUCCUCGUCCUCUGCCGCUGCUAGUAAAGCACACAGUAGUCGCCCAAGCUACUCCAGCAUGAGGGACAGGCACCAUGAGCACCGUGCAACUCUGGAGCCCAGUCAGCCAAUCUGUGAACCCCCCCAGCCAACCCAGUCUGCAGCCAGGCAAGGUGACCGGUCACCUGGGUUUUCCACCCCCAAGAGGCUGGUGCAGGGAAAACCCCAGAGUGAGUCCAGUCACCACCCAUUCAAAGAGCGCCUGGCUGCUCUGGGGAAACUGAAGAGCACAGAGAACCUGCCAGUAGGUGCACAGCCCAUGGACAAGAAGGAUGUACAAAGUAACGUGGGUAAACCCCCCACCAACAAUAUUGAGAAAAGCAAGACUGCUGAAAGGCAAGGCGAGAGAACUGGGACAGAGCAGCACAGACAUCAGAAAUACACUGAUUCCCUGGAAGGGAAGCAAUACCCCAAAACCAGCCUCUGCAGUCACCCCAGGGUGCCAGGUCCAAUACAUGAAUCAGGCGCCAAAUCAUCAGCUACCCCAUCAUCCAUACCCAAGGCAGAGCAGGAGUCAUCAUUCUCUCCCCGGAUAUAUGUAGCGAAAGCAGAUGGUCCAAAGAUCAAGAUGGGCACAUUAUCCUCCAAUACAGAGACCUCUUCGGUGGUUAGGAGCUAUGGGAAGUGCCCCAUCACCCGGAGCCACCACAGUAAAACUACCCCUAGCCCUCAAAACAGCCCCACUAAAGUUUCCUCAAAGUCCCCUUCAAAGGUCGGCCAGGCUUCCUCUUACCCCCGAGGGGUCAGGCCUGCUCACGAGGACCGCGCCCUGGCUCAGAGACACCUGCCCAGGCUGGAGGACAAAAGCAAACUCCUGGCCAGCAAGAAGAAGACCUUCAUCCACGCAGAGAGCUUCCCGCCUCCUCCUCCUCUGCCACCGCGGUCGUCUACUGAUGCCAUCAUGAAAAACGACAAGAAGCAGUACUCGUCCGGCCCACCAGUGCCCCAGUCGGCCAUCGAGCAGAAAGUAAUGCGUGGCAUCGAGGAGAACAUGCUUAAGCUGCAGGAGCAGGACCGGGGCCAGUUGGUUGAGCCCAAGCAAAAGGCUUCCAACGGCAUCGCCAGCUGGUUCGGCCUGAGGAAGAGCAAGCUCCCCGCCCUCAGCCGUAAACCAGAAGUGUCCAAGCUCAAGAACAACAUGUCAUCCUCUCCUUCGUCGUCCUCUGCCUCCGGCGGAGGGGCUAAGGACUUUAAGUCAGGUGGGCCCCGGAAGGUGGUGGAGAGCCUGAACAUCUCCAUGCUGAUGGAGAAGGCAGAGGACCUGCGGAAGGCAUUGGAGGAGGAGCGGGCAUAUGUGAACGGGGUCGGGAUGGACCGCUCCGGCAGGGGCCACUCCUGUGAGGUGGUGAUGGACCAGGCCCAGGGCCAACUGUCACUCAUGUACAGAGGAGUGACCGCAGACAACUUCAUGCAGCAGCUCCUCAACAGUCCCUCGACGUCUUGUUCUGGAAACAGGGUGGACGAGAGGGGAGCUAUACCUACCACCUUUGGAAUGGCACACAGACGCCUCUCCUUUGACUCGAAGAGGUCGCGGCCCAUCUUUGGUCACCAGAGGGAUGGGAUCAGCCACACAAAGAGCAGGGACGAGAUGGACCAGGCUUCUGAUAUGAUUGGCAAGGAUGAGGUCACAUCAGACGAGAGCUUGGCAGAGUCAAUUAGUUCCCAGCACAUUACAGGUUCUGGUGCAUCCAUGCGUACCCUCGACAGUGGCAUCGGCACGUUCCCCAUGCCAGACUAUGCCAGUAAUGCAGCAGGGAAGAGCAUCACUAAGGGGAAGUCACAGGGAGAGCAAGGGUUUUCAGGCUCCCAGGGGAAACAUGGGGCCAAGAUGAAAGUUUCGCGGAAAGCCCAUACGCUGGAGAGAGAGCUGUCAUCUCUGGAUGAAGUCAACCCAUCUAUCCUGUAUGGCUCAGGACUGGAGGGAAAAGGUCCCAACAUGCACCUGUCCAGCACCAUCCAUGAGGACAUUGAUGCCUACGGGGCUCAUAUGCAAAAUCCCCCAACCAAGGACUGGACCUUUCCCAACCUGAAAGGCUCUGCAGGAGUCAGUGAAGUUUACCUGGAUGUGCAGGGAGACCCGGGCAGCCAGAGGACACCCUCCAGAAGGAGUUUGAAACAGUGUGUCCCCCAGGGCCCCCUGGCUGCUGACCCAUGCAGCCUCCCCUUGCCACCCCAGACGGGGCUCAGCACACGGGGUAAGGGGAGGAUGCCCAGUGCCCCAGAGGUGGGGAAGGACGGAGGGCUGGAGCUGGUGAAGGAGAGACCAGAAGAUAUCAUGUCCCCAAGAGAGACGCCCGAAUCCCUCAGUGACUCCCUCUACGACAGCCUGUCCUCCUGUGGCAGCCAGGGUUGACAGGCCCAAGGGCCCAUGGACAGAGAGGGGAGCAGAGAGAGAGGCGGACCGACCGACACCCUUUAAACCCCUGCUAUGAGCCCCUGAGGCAUACUGAGUUGAAGUACCUCCUCCCUCUUCCACAUACACCUCUUUCUGCUGACCCUCUCUGUGUUACUGAGAUCUGGUUAAUACUGCUGGAAAACUCACCCUCAGGUUGACUGAUGUUCACAUACAUACUUUGAGGAACUAGGCUGAGAAUUGGACACCGUUGUCCUCCAAGCAACAAGCAUCAUACGACAGAUCAGCGCAACUCAAAUGUACACACAGACACAUAUACAGUUGAAGUCAGAAGUUUACAUACACCUUAGCCAAAUAUAUUUAAACUCCGUUUUUCACAAUUCCUGACAUUUAAUCCUAGUAACAAUUCCCUAUCUUAGGUCAGUUAGGAUCACCACUUUAUUUUAAGAAUGUGAAAUGUCAGAAUAAUAGUAGAGAGAAUGAUUUAUUACAGAUUUUGUUUCUUUCAUCACAUUUCCAGUGGGUCAGAAGUUUACAUACACCCAGUUAGUAUUUGGUAGCAUUGCCUUUAAAUUGUUUAACUUGGAUCAAACGUUUCUGGUAGCCUUCCACAAGCUUCCCACAAUAAAUGGGUUAAUUUUGGCCCAUUCCUCCUGACAGAGCUGGUGUAACUGAGUCAGGUUUGUAGGCUUCCUUGCUCACACACGCUUUUUCAGUUCUGCCCACAAAAUUUCUAUAGAAUUGAGGUCAGGGCUUUGUGAUGGCCACUCAAAUACCUUGACUUUGUUGUCCUUAAGACAUUUUGCCAUAGCUUUGGAAGUAUGCUUGGGGUCAUUGUCCAUUUGGAAGACCCAUUUGCGACCAAGCUUUAACUUCUUGACUGAUGUCUUGAGAUGUUGCUUCAAUAUAUCUACAUAAUUUUUCUUCAUGAUAUAUUUUGUGAAGUGCACCAGUCCCUCUUGCAGCAAAGCACCCCCACAACAUGAUGCUGCCACUGCUACCCUUGUGCUUCACGGUUGGGAUGGUGUUCUUCGGCUUGCAAGCAUCCCCCUUUUUCCUCCAAACAUAACGAUGGUCAUUAUGGCCAAACAGUUCCAUUUUUCUUUAAUCAGACCAGAGAACAUUUCUCCAAAAAGUACGAUCUUUGUCCCCAUGUGCAGUUGCAAACCGUAGUCUGGCUUUUAUAAUGGCGGUUUUGGAGCAGUGCCUUCUUCCUUGCUGUGCGGCCUUUCAGGUUAUGUUGAUAUAGGACUCGUUUUACUGUGGAUAUAGAUACUUUUGUACCUGUUUUCUCCAGCAUCUUCACAAGGUCCUUUGCACUUUUCACACCAAAGUACGUACACCUCAAGGAGACAGAACGCAUCUCCUUCCGAUGCGGUCUGCGUGGUCCCAUGGUGUUUAUACUGGCAUACUAUUGUUUAUACAGAUUAACUUGUGGUACCUUCAGGCGUUUGGAAAUUACUCCCAAGGAUGAACCAGACUUGAGGAGGUCUACAAAAAAAAAUUCUGAGGUCUUGGCUGAUUUCUUUUGCUUUUCACAUGAUGUCAAGCAGAUGUACUGAGUUUGAAGGUAGGCCUUGAAAUACAUCCAUAGGUACACCUCCAUUUGACUUAAAUGAUGUCAAUUAGCCUAUCAGAAGCUUCUAAAGCCAUGACAUAAUUUUCUGGAAUUUUCCAAGCUGUUUAAAGGCACAAUCAAAUUAGUGUAUGUGAACUUCUGACCCACUGGAAUUGUGAUUCAGUGAAUUAUAAGUGAAAUAAUCUGUCUGUAAACAAUUGUUGUAAAAAUUACUUGUCAUGCACAAAGUAGAUGUCCUAACCCACUUGUCAGAACGAUGGUUUGUUGACAAGAAAUUUGUGGAGUGGUUGAAAAUAGAGUUUUAAUGACUCCAACUUAAGUGUAUGUAAACUUCCGACUUCAACUGUACACACACACAGUAGGGUUGGGCGGUAUCCAGAUUGUCAUACCUUCAUACCGACCUUGUGUCAUACCGGGAUAUUUGGUAAUAUUGGCACUGGACACAAGGGGCACUAUUUUCAAACCCCACUAAGCCUAAUCCGAAGGUUAGCAAUGCUAACAAGGACAUGUCAAGUCCCAUAGAGAAUGAUAACUAAAUGCUAAUGAGCACUUUGUGAACAUUUUAUACAGUCUCUGACCUAAACUAUUUUCAGGACAGAUAUCCCAGCUCAUAAAGUUAUAUGCUUCUCACAAUUUGCUACAUGCACAAAACAAACACUAUAAAGCAAGGCUCUUGAUCCAGGAUGGGAUUCUCUACUGUUACUGGCAAGUUACUGGCAAAUAGUUAUAAGAUAUCUAGCUGGCAAACAUUUAGUUGUGAAUUUAAUACUUUAACUAGAUGGCGUGUGCUGCACAAUAGUGAGUGACUCACAAGUUUUCGGUCAUUGUGUGCUUGUAAACAAACACCACGUGUCCAGUAAGCUUCAUAAUGAAUAAUUAUGUAACAGGUGAAAUGAAGAAUUUAGACUGUAUUGAAAAACCAUCCCGUGGCUAUUUCCAAAUACCCCAGUAUACGGUAUACUGCCCAAGCCUAACACACACCAACGAGAUGCAUGGAAAAAACAUCACCUAGUUCGAGACAGCCACACGCUCACUAUGGCCUGGAUCUGAAGAAUCGUUGUUAAAUCAUGUAACUGGGAUCAUUGGUCCCCAAGAAGUGGCUGGUAUCAGGGGUUUAUCUUGUCUGCCCUGGAUGUAGACAUGUUUCAGUCACAUAGAACUGGGUUGCCUUUAACGCCAGAAAAAAUAACAUGUUACCGUCCAUUAAAUGUGAUGCAAUGUGGUGAUCGAUCAUAAAUAUGUCAUAGACUUCCAUGGUUUCAGUCGUAAUGUUAUUUUUUUUAAGCUGUUGUGCUUUGUCAUAUGUUAUAUAUCAUGUUACUUUAACCCUUUACACUCAUACACGUAUACGGGUUGAAAAUAGCAGAGUUGGGCACUGAUAAACGCCUAAAUUGGAAUGCAGUGGCUGUAAAGUAACAUGCUAGACAUAACAUCAGAGCUCUGGCUCUGUGCUUGACAGUGCUGUAUGGGUUUCGACUGACAGCCAUUCUGAACUUGAGCACCUCCCUCGACAAGAAGUUGCCCCCAUCCCUCGUGCUAAUUGGGCAACCUUUGCACAUUUUUGUUGUCUGAGUGAGGGAAAUUCUGUAAAUGAAGAGGACUCGAUGUAUUUUGAAAGAUGGAUUAUAAUAAAUACAGCUUUGAUGUCAUACAAGCAAGCCAAACACCCAUGAAUCCAAAUGUGCACUUCGCAUUUCCAUAGGAUAAAACUCAUGUCAUAUACAGUGUUAACGUUUAGGAUCAAGAUGUUUGAUGUACAGUUACAAGAUGUUCUGAACAGAAUAAACCUAUGUUUUGUCUAUUGUGUAGAAAAUGUCGCAGCACACGAACUCAUGACUCCUUUCGAUGCGCACCAAAAUGACGAUCUGUUUCCCUGAAUUCCAUUGUAAAACCCUAACACUGUAAUGUUGUAUUUUAUAACUUUUCUAGUCAUGUUGGUAAUAGAAUAAGCUUUCAAAUGAUGCCCACCUGACCCAGAUUGCAAUUUAUAAUGAACUGUUUUUGGAUUGCAUUAACAACGACCGUAAUUGUGUGAGGGAGGGGAUGCGGGCUUGCGUUCCAACCUAAACAACUACAAAUGUGCUCGCUUUAGUUCCUGAACGGCACAGCUAGGAGAGCUCACAUAGCACCUUUAUAGUUGAAGACUCUUAUUUGAGUAAUAAAAGUGCAUUGAAAUGACUUAGGAACUGUGCACACUUUGGAGAGGUGUGUAGCCACUCAAACCGUUGUCAUUGUUUUGUCUUAUGUUGCACCUACCCCACAAUUUCCAGGAAUAUUCUUAUCAUGUUACUGAAUGUAUCCAGAGUGUUUUCAGAUUUCGUUCUCAACGAAUGCAGCUAAAAGUAAAAUGCUCAUAUAAUCGAGUGUAAUGUUUGGUUUCGGUCUUGUGUCAGAUGAACUGUUGUCCUCACCUUGGGUCAACUAAUUUCCCAUAAUCUUCAAACUGUUCCCUUUCACUUGCUACCAUUUUGCUAUGCAUUUCAUAUUUCUUCUGUAAGAAACAUUUCAAUUGAGCCCUAUCCAUCUAGGCCAAUUCCCAUGAGUGUAAAGGGUUAAGUUUUUUGUGUGUGUAGGGGUGUAUGUGAGUGAGACUUAAUGCAGUCUCUCCAUGAUAGCUUUGACCAGUUUCCCUGAAGCUGCCAUAUACUGUACUGUAUCACAACUUACUGUAACACUGACAAAGAAAUCGACCUAACAUCUGAACUAACAGAUAGUGGCGGAUCAAGACAACAGCCAUUAUAUUAGCCUUAUGACCAGAUAUGACCUAGUAGUGUAUGUGUUAUGGACAAUGACAUUCUAAGAAUCUCAACCAAGAGUCAAAUGUUUUACAUGUGUUUGAUCCAUUGUCAGACUGUUUUACGUAGUGAAACAGUUAUGUCAGGAAUAAUGCCAUUAUAACAGCAUUAUAAAGGCAGCCUGUGACUGCCACCAUUAAAAAUGUAGUUCUCAACUGAGCUGCCAUUUAAUACUCAAAAUGAGAGUUUUUUGACAUGCUGAAAGAGUAUAAACAAGUAACAGGACUCAUCCACCUUUUAUACUGACUAUAAACUGAGUUUGCAUACAUGGGCCAGGAUUCAAUCCAAGGCGUGUUCAAGAGCAGCGUAAUGUAACAGACUUUUAAAGAUAAUGCAUGCUUUAUCUGACAUGUACAGUGUUAACCAUGAUUGCGAUCUCUGUGAACAUCGGGGAGAUGCCUUUAAAAGGUGCAUUGUCGACUGUUUAGUCCACAGCUCUGUAAUUCACCUUGGAUUGAAUCCCUGCUAUAGUCUUCUGACAUUUCGUUUGGCACAGGGUCCAUCUUUAUUCUGCCAGAAAAACGAUAACCCUACUUUGGGUCCACAAAAUGCUCCACUAAAGCAAAAAUAUAUAUGUAGGCCUUCCUUGUGAAGGAUUAACAUAGAGUAGUUACUUACUUCUGCAAUAUGGGCCAAUGUUUGCCUAAACAGACACACAUUCAAUCAAUUUACAGUUGGCCAAUUAAGACAACAUAUGUGCUAUUCGAUCACUAGUGCUGUACUGCAGAUGAUACACUAAAGUGUUUAGGUAGGCUUACAGAUGUUUGUUGCAGAAGGAAGAGUAUUGUGUUUCUACACACAUUUAGCAUUUGUUAGAAUCUGAGGUUAUGCUAAUGGAGAAGUGCUGUAUGUAAAUGUGUUUUAAAUUCCCUCAUGUUUUUUUUUAUGUUCAACUGUGGGUCGUUUCAGGUUGUGGCAACCCUGUCUAUGGCUAAACACCUAUCGCUUUUUUUGAUACAGUUUCAUUCUUCUUUUGCGAACAGAAUAUAAACUGAUAGGAGAUCCUAGCCCAUUAGGGAACUUUACUGCUUCUCAAAUGGCACCCUAUUCCCUAAAUAUAGUGCACUACUUUAGUCAAAAGAAGUGCACUAUAGGGAAUGGGGAUCCAUUUGGGACACACCCCUUGUUUAAACGCCCAGUUCAGAACAGCACCAAGAGACACUAAGAAGGACAUGGACUCCUCCCUCCCUUCCUGCCUAUGUACUUGAUUAUGUCCUCAUAAGUACACUGAACAAAAAUAUAAACGCAACAUGUAAAGGGUUGUUUUCAUGAGCUGAAAUAAAAGAUCCUGAAAUGUGCCAUACGCACAAACGCAUACGCAUACUCAAAUAUGUUUACAUCCCUGUUAGUGAGCAUUUCUCCUAUGCCAAGAUAAUCCAUCCACCUGACAAUUGUGGCAUAUCAAGAAGAUUAUUAAACAGCAUGAUCAUUACACAGGUGCACCUUGUACUGGAGACAAUAAAAAUACACUCCUAAAUGUGCAGUUUUGUCCCACAACACAAUGCCACAGAUGUCUUAAGUUUUGAGGGAGCAUACUAUUGGCAUGCUGACUGCAGGAAUGUCCACCAGAGCUGUUGAUCAACUUAACUUAAUUUAAUGUUAAUUUCUCUACCAUAGGCAAUGUUGUUUUAGAGAAUUUGUCAGUACGUCCAACCGGACUCACAACCGCAGACCACGUGUAUGGUGUCAUGUGGGUGAGCGGUUUGCUGAUGUCAACAGAGUGCCCCAUGGUGGGAUUAUGAUAUGGGCAGGCAUAAGCUACGGACAAAAAACACAAUUGCAUUUUAUCAAUGGCAAUUUGAAUGCACAGAGAUAAUGUGACGAGAUCCUGAGGCCCAUUGUCACCGCCAUCACCUCAUGUUUCAGGAUGAUAAUGCACAGCCCCAUGUCACAAGGAUCUGUACAUGUACCAUAGUUCCUGAAAGCGUCCCAGUUCUUCCGUUGCCUGCAUACUCAUCAGACAUGUCACCCAAUGUGCAUGUUUGGGAUGCUCUGGAUCAACAUGUACAACAUCGUAUUCUAGUUCCUGCCUAUAUCCAGCAACUUUGCACAGCCGUUUUUUCUAACUGUUAUUUAACUAGGCAAGUCCGUUAAGAACAAAUUCUUAUUUUCAAUGACAGCCUAGGAACAGUUAACUGUUCAGGGGCAGAACAGCAUAUUUUUACCUUGUCAGCUCUGGGAUUCGAUCUUGCAACCUUUUCGGUUACUAGUCCAACACUCUAACCACUAGGCUAUCUGCCAUCCCAUUGAAGAUGAGUGGAACAACAUUCCACAGGCUACAAUCAACAGCCUGAUCAACUCUCUGUGAAGGAGAUGUGUCAUGCUACAUGAGGCAAAUGGUGGUCACACCAGAUAUAGACUGAUUUACUGAUCCAUGUCCCUACCUUUCUUUAAAGGUGACCAACAGAUGCAUAUCUGUUUACACAGUAAUGUGAAAUCCAUAGAUUAGGGCCUAAUGAAUUAUUUUCAAUAUACUGAUUUCCUUAUAUGAACUGUAACUCAGUAAAAUAUUUGAAAUGGUUGCUUGUUGCAUUUUAUAUAUUUGUUCAGUAUAGGUCCAUCCACUUCAACUUCAUAACUCCCCAGAAACUCCUUCAGGGAUAAGACAUCCGUGUGCUUCCAAACUCUGAGCUUUCAGAAGCAAGUGAUCUUUCAAAACGGACAUGAAUUUGACCUUUUUCUAGUUGAAAAUGAUUCAUAAUCCCACUUUGAACCUUGCCUUUCCUUUAGCUCUCUCCUCUCCCCCUUCUGAGUUAAAACAAAUAACUACUCUGUUAUACUAUGAAAAUGGAGAUCUGACUGUUACUGUAUAGACAGUCCUCUGUGAGAACAGAUAGAUUUCAGUUGAAGAGGUAGUCUUCCAGAAUAUCUGCUACCGUUCCACCCUUUCAAGACCGUCUGGUUUAUGUCAAAAUGAAAACAAGGGUUUGACAUGAAGGCCAUUCGCUUUACAAUCAUCUCAUAAAACAUCCCGUGUUCUACAUUGCGGACAAUCCCCCCAAAACAUGGGUCAUGCCCCGGUCAGGAGUCUUAGCAACACCAUGUACAAUAACCAUGCCAAUGCUGACUAGUAUGGAGUGGCGUGGCGAUGUCGUGGAAUCUUUACUUCGUACGUUUGCUUUAUGGACUCGCUAUUUAUCUCUAUCUGUUGUAUUUAUGUACUUAUUUAUUUUUUAGGUCAAAUCAUACUGAAAUGACAUUUUUGUUUCUGUUGAGUCAUUGACGUUAUUGCUGUUUUUAUUCUGAUACCCGUUAUUUUUGUACUAUACUCUUUAUUUUAUUCUAUUGAGUGAAAGGUUGUUAUUUUCAUCAGAGGCCUGUCUUUUGUUCUGUUGUCUGGGGUAUUCUCAUUUUAUUACUCAUGUAUUUGUAAAUAGUAUUUCAAGGUGUUAUGUACAUAGAAUUACCACCAGAUCUCAAAUGAAGCCAUAAACCGUAAUGUAUUUUAUCAAGGCAGUAAAAACACAAUGAUGAUGAUUAUGUUCAUUUUGUCUCUAAACAAAUGCAAGAACCCAACAAAUAAAAAAUCUCUCUGA